AAGAAUAUUACUCUUUUGCGAUUUAAAUGAUUGUAAAAUGUAGAUUUCGCUACUGUUGGAGUUGAAAGUUUAGCAUGUUAAAGAUGAAAUGAUUUCUAUAAGGCAUAAGGUCUAAGAGUCACAUUUAAAGUCAGAAGCUACUUGUUUGCAGCCUGUUGUAGUUGUAAUUAAUCCAAAAGGGACGAAAAGGUGAUCCGGCAAAAUGGUAGAUUGAGGAAGAGGGAUCCGGCCAAACCAUUAACUUAAAUUCCCCAAAGCAAUCAACCGUUACGUGAAGUUUUUAUUUUUGUCUUAACAUCAAAUUUGUUAUUUUACCCAUAAAGAGGAAGGUUUAAUCCAGAGCAUCUCAGUCAGCAGGAUGAGAACUAAGAAUUUCCUUCUAAAUGUUCAAGCACCUUUUGUUACCUGGAAUACAGUUUCCUAUUUACCAGCUUUGUUAUCUUGUGAAGUAUGGUGGUUUUCUCAAUAAAAAAAUUAUUUCCUACUUAACUGGGAUUGGAAGCAGGGGACCCUCAAAGAGACAGAAAACAGUUACUUGUGUUGUCACAGGAAAAUGCCAUUUUUGUUGUUACGAUAAAGUCUGCAUCGUCAUUUUUGUUGGUAUUUUUGAAUGCCAUGCUUGGGUUGGAAUAUGACAGUUUGCCACCUUCCUGCUAGUUUCUGUUAAUGUCUGGGAAGCCAUUCGUGGAUUUUGUACAACUUACCAACGAAUAAAACUAUAUGUUUCUUGUCGCUUUUAUUUGUUUCUAUUUUCAGCUGUCUUUGCCAUAAAGAUGUGCUUAUUUUGAUGCCCACUUGUUACUGUACUUUAAUACCAACUUAAAUACGCAACAGAUAUUGCAAAAUUUUUCCAUUUGAUUUAUUUUCAUUAAAACUGUUUUCAUGGAACACUUAAUUUUUUCAACAUGAUGUAGUUUAGGAAACGAGAAGAUUCUAAAAUUCUCUAAUAGAACCUCUCAUUCCAGAUUAUGAAGAGAAAAUAAGCUCCGGUUCGAUUCCUUUGGGUCAUGGGCAGUGACUGUAUUUUGAGAAACUUUAAGUUUUGAUGAUCUAUGUUGCAUGGGCUUGGGUACUUCUUUGGGUCCUGGUUUGGUUAGAGUUAUGGGAUAUAAUUAUUUUCCUAUCAUAUAGGGUACGUUUUGAUGCUUUAUAUGAAACAAAUGAAUAAUCUCUAUUAUAAUUUACGUGAUGACGUCUCAAAUUGGGUAGUGACAAGUGAUUCUUGCGGUACUUAAAUAGCAUAGCCCUUCUUCCUUAAAAGUGAUUCCGUAAGUUAGGUCCUUCAUGCUUUCUUAGGUCUCCAUCAAUAUGGGAAAACUUAUGGUCAUAUGAAAAAUAUAAUGAAUCUUCUACAAUAUACAGUCAGCCAAAAAUCUUACAUUUAGUUUAUGAAUCUGAUGGGUACCUAAGUGGGAUGGGGAAUCUUACCCCAAAAGGUAACUAUUGAAGUGGGAGAACUAACUCACUUAUAUACCCCAUUGAGCAUCUUAUACUAUUCAAUGUGGGACUUGAUAUCUCAUAUUACCAAGUCUCUAUCAAUUGGCCCCCCAUAGAAAGCCAACGUCCUGACGGCUGCACUCCACAGCAUUUAACUCGAUCUCCUCCCGAUCAGAAUCCUUCGUGGGUAACCCUUUCCGAAACCGCCGACAGCAAGGCUCUGAUACCAAUUGAUGGGUACCUAAGUAAGAUGGGGAACCCUACCCCAAAGGCUAGUUGUGGAAGUGGGAGAAUUAACCCACUUAUAUACCCCAUUGAGCAUUCCAUACUACUCAAUAUAGGACUUGGUAUCCCCUACUACCAAGUCUCUAUUAGAAUCUGAUCUAGAAAGUUCAUAUAUAUGAUUAAAAUCAAAUUUAGUUUUUAAAAGGAAAAAAUACUGCAUGAUACUUAUUUUGGAGCACCCAAGAGUACUGAUGACUAUGGGUACAGGUACAGCUAGAAUAUAGAGGAUGUCGAUGUGAAAAGGAGAACCUUGCAACUUAAUGAAGCAUGAAUAUAUGGCAGUCAAAGUCGAGGCAUCUCCUAUUUUUAUUAAUCACCUACUCUGAUUCACAGGAAGAAUUUAUCCCUAAAAUCUGCAGUACAAAUCCUCCAUAGUCUUUGUUAUACUAAUGGAAGUUGCAGUGGCGGACCUCUAUGCCACUAAUCCAGGACCAAUUGAUGGUUCAGUUCUUUAUGAUCAAGAUAAGCAUGUCUCCACAGCAGUUUGGGACGGACAGGAGCGUGGUGCUCUGAGAUGUCAUGAGCACACUUCAAAGCUUGAUCAAUGGACGCUUAAUUCUAAGCAGGUUGAAUUGAUUGAGAAGGCUGGGUUUGGGUACUUAAGAUCAAUUCCAGCUAUUAGUCUGGACAACCCCCUUAUAUCAGCAUUAGUUGAAAGGUGGAGGCGAGAAACAAAUACUUUUCACUUGAAUGUUGGAGAAAUGACCGUAACCCUUAAAGAUGUUGCGCUUUUACUUGGUCUGGCCAUUAAUGGGGAUCCUGUAAUAGGUAUAACAUACACCACAUGCGGUUCAGUCUGUGAAAAGUAUCUUGGCAGGGCACCGGCAUCUGGUUACACUAGCGGUGGAAUGGUGAAGCUUAGUUGGUUGAAAGAGUUCUUUUCUCGCUGUCCCGAGGAUGCUUCAAAAGAAGUGAUAGAGCAACAUACUCGUGCUUAUCUCCUUUAUCUUGUAGGUAGCACCAUAUUUUCCACCACUACAGGGAAUAAAGUCCCUGUAAUGUACUUGCCAUUAUUUGAGAAUUUUGAACAAUGUGGACAAUAUGCCUGGGGUGCAGCAGCAUUAGCAUUCUUGUAUAGAGCGCUGGGAAACGCCUCACUGAAAACUCAAAGUACCAUUAGUGGCUGUUUGACGCUUUUGCAGUGUUGGAGUUACUUUCACCUAAAUAUUGGGCGGCCAAAGCUUAAUCAAGAUCUGAUGCAUGAUCGAUUUCCAUUUGUGCUUAGAUGGAAAGGAAAACAAAGUAGUCCAACGGCAAAUCGUGAUGUGGUUUUCUAUCGGAAGGCUUUGGAUUCCUUAAAACCAUGCGAUGUGGAGUGGCUCCCUUACAGAAACAUGGAUAGUAUGAUAAUUCCAGAACAUAUCAAAACUACUCUAAUUAUUGGGAGGUCGAAGACAAUGUUGAUUUGCUUUGACAAGGCAGAACGACAUCUUCCAAAUCGAUGCCUUAGGCAGUAUGGCAUGCUUCAAUCAAUUCCGGAGGAUGUGGAGCGAUGGGAGAGGAAGAGUAGAGGAGUUGAUGGUGGGGUUGAUUUGUCAGGGAAAAUGGAGGCUGAGCUUAAUGAAUGGAUGGACCGUCAUCUCCACAUUGUUGAUGGAGAUGAGGGUGUAGAUGAGAGUGAGUACAUGCAGUGGUACCUGAAAAUUACUCGUAAGUUUAUAGGAAGGCCUAUCUCUCUUUCAUCUGAGUUUCAGAGAACGAAAAAAAACAAAUGUUUGCAGAAUGCUGGUCUGAGGGAUAUAGCACAUAUAGCAGAUACCUUUUCAACAAAAGGGUUGGAUCCACAACAAGUUGAAUCAAUUUCUAGAAUAAGAUGUAUUGCCCAUGAGUGUUUAAGGGACCAAAUUGGUGGUCCAGUCAUAAUGUCAGACAUUCCUCAAGAAGAACUUGGGAAAAGGGUAAGAGGAAAGGAGAGGGUUAGAAGAAGAGGUUCAGGUAAACGAUUGCGGAAGGAUGACGCAGUUCAGUAUAAUGCAGUUAGUGAGGACGAACAACCUCAGUUCUUUAGUGCUACUAUUGAGGUUGAGCAAUUACAUAUAAGUCAUUUAGAUGGAGAGGUGGAUCAUACACAAUUUAAUCAAGUAGAUAGUGAAGUCGGUCACGUUCAGUUGAUUCAUGCAAAUGCUGAUGGUGAGAAUCUGCGGCUAUGUGAUGCAAAUAUUGAGGUGGAUCAGUCAGAGCUUGCCUACGCAGAUGGUCUGGAAAGCAAUCUGGAGCCAAAUCAUGAAGCAGCCAAGGUUGACUAUGAAGAACAGCACAAGGUUGGUCAGGAAAUAAAAGAAGAACCUAACCAUGUUGAGGAAAUGGGUCCUGCCAACAAGGUCCUUGGUCAUGCAGCUCUUGAGAUCAUCAACGAGAAGCGUUCUGAUGCUACUGCAGAAGGCAUUAGUGCACUACCUAGUGAUGUGAACUCACAGCAAUGCAGCAAUGAUGUUGGUAAUUCACAAUUUGCUCACAUUGACAGCGAAACUGUGGUAACUGAACCAUCAUCUGCUAAAGCAGCAAUCGAGGUGACUCAACAUUCUUCUCUUGAAGCUUACGAGGAUCUUGCACAGAAAGGAGAUUGUAGUGUUGCUGUAUAGUGGGACGGAUUUCACUGUCUUAGAGAAGCAAUUUUUUUAAGGCCAACUUAAUUUAAAGAUGUGAUUGUUUCAUCUGUAAUUAUAUAUGUUCUUUUAUUUAAGUUCUGGUCUUUUAUGGUA